CGGGACCAUCACCCCGUCGAAACGACCUCUGGUGUGCAUCUCCAAGUAAUCCACUUGUUCUGCCAUUUUCCGAAAACUCGAUGACCUGUCGGAGAUCCGUGUGACUGGAAACGUCAUCGGGAUUUGACAGCUCCAAAGCCACGUGGGUCGUGGACCGCCAAGGCAGGAGACGCAGCGAAGAUGAUCACGGCGCUGCCCGUACCAUCGGUCAAAGUCUUCCACAAAACUUACUACCAGGAGAAAAGUACGAGAAUAGGAAACAGUCAACCAGGAAGUCCUUUGGCCGACAGCGAAGCUGUGUUAGCACUCGUUGAUAAGGAACCACCCGAAUAUUACUUCUGUGGAAAGGUGAACUCCUUGCACGUGGUGGUCGGAUCUCUUCUCCUUGGAGUGAUCGUCCUGGUGGUUGGUCUGGUGCAGCUCGCUCCUGGAGCGGAAGCUGCCCAAAAUUCGGCUGCCCUCAUAGCUGCAGGAUGCGGUCUUCUCGUAGUAGGUGUUCUUUUGGCACCUCUCAGGGCCCUCUGCAUCAGGAGACAGAAGGCAGCCCAGAAAGACGGCACUCAUCAGCGCAGUGUCACCAGCAUAGACAUGCUCCUGGCGCAGCAUAGGGACUUCACGGUUUUGACACCCGACGAGCUGGAAGACCUAGUGGGAAGACCCGCUGCCACCUUAGAGGGAAAGAUCCGGAAGCCGGGUGGCCACAACACCUAGGUAUCAUUUGCCCCGAAGAAUCAUCAGCAAUCAUCAUCGAGCUCUCCAACCGCCUCCUCGCCAUCGCCAGGAACCAGCUCCUCCAUCUU